GCCUGUGAACAAAUAUACUCAUCUACACAGCAUGAAGGGAGAGGUUGACAGGAAGGCUGAGCAGCCUCAGUUGGAGAAACUCGAGGGAGGGAAGAAGCCGCAGUGACACGAGGAACAAAACACCUAACCAAUAUAUAGAGAAAUUGAUAACUCUUACCAUUGAAAAUCUACAUCCCAUAAUUAUAAGUUUAUCACAGGAGCACAAAAAUACAUGAUGGAAUGGUGAUGAAAGACUGCCGAGUGAGUGAAGCAUUGAAGCGGUAGUUGGUGCGAUGCAGUGAGACGAGAGCAUUGCUGUUCACUGUUAAUGACACUAAAUACUUUCUAUACCUCACUACAGUAACUCUAUAAAAUUUUUACAGAAAAAGAAAAUGAACUACAGUAACUAAAGACUUAAUUAUUCGGUAAUCUAUUGAUUUUGCCGGUCAAGGUGUCUUUCAAAAUAUCAUAAAAAGCGUAUACACCACGAUCUUACUCAGACCAAAACAGUCAAAGAAUUAACUUCAGGGUUUCCGAGGGACAAAACAGCAACGUGCGACAUAGGAAUUCGUAUUAAAGAUGUUUAUUUACAGCAACAUCCUCAUUCUUGGGUACCUGUCAGGUCUCGUCGCGUCUACUGUGCUCGGCAACCUCUCUAACGUGUUUUCGUCUCCACGUGCUAACAGUGCACACCUUAAUCUAACAGCUUUCCCUUCUCUCGCAACUCGUGUCAAAAGAAAGGCCAUGAUAAGACAGCAAGUCAGCGUUCUGCCACACAAUCUUCCCUUAAGCCCUCAGGAAUUCGUGAAGCAAAAUAAGUAUUCCGCCACACGACACAGAGAAAGCAACAUGCAGUACAAGACGCCCAGCCAAGUGACCUUCCUGGUGCCCCAAGACACUCCAAAUCCUUGUCCCACGAAGCAGGGAGUCGGCGCCCUCACCCUUAUCAACUUCCUUGUUGCUGCCGUGGCCGCUACAACCAACAUCCUCAACAACAAUAAUAAUAAUAAUAAUAAUAAUAAUAAUAAUAAUAACAACAACAAUAUUGUGAACCUCAACGCAGAUAGCAAUAACAACAAUGCUAAUAACAUCAACAACAUUGACUUCGGUGGUCGUCGCCGCCGCCGGUCAGCAGUGCACAACCCAUGGAGGACGUCGCUAGAGGCUGACUUGUCGCUGGCGGCCCUCCUCGCGCUGGACGCCGCCUUGGGCACCCAUAUACUCGGUAUGGAGGUCGCACCAGACACAGUGAUGGUGCAAGUAGCAAAAGAAUUGCUACUCCCCCUACAGCUUCUGCUCAGUUUCACCAGAACAAGGAAUACACCACCGACUGUCUCUCCCGUUUCAUAAUACUAGCAAAUACGUGUAUAACGCGUAAGGUUCUCCCUACCAACCACUGGCAGUCCCUAGUGUCGCUCCAAACAGGUGCCAUUUAAAUUUUAACUUGUUUUGCAUUUCCUCAUACCUUAACUUCAAUCCUGGCUAAGAUGAAAACACACUCAGCAGUCAUGUAUGGCAUCACUGUAUAAAGCUUGCUUUCCGUUCAGAAUGGAAUUUCAUGGAUAGCACCAACUGGCAACGCAAUGGCGAUACAUUUCUCAGGUCACCUCGACUCAAUCCGCUAGGUGCAGGAUGACUUAUUAUUCAAAUCCUCUCUCAUAAUGCUAGAGUUCAUGACCCUAAUGCUUCUCUGCACAAGUUGCAGGAUAAAACAGAACCACCAGACACCUCAAACACAUAAAAACUAGAGAAAAGUUUGUAUAAUCUUUGAAUGUUCUUACCUGCAUCCUGCUUGUGUAAACGGCUCUUCCUCCAUGUUGUGACGUCUAGGCGCAUUGAACCAGAAAACUUACAUUGCGCAGGAUCAAAGCCUCGAAUUGUUUCGAAACUAGUUUCCUCCACACACACACACACACACACACUAUAUAUAUAUAUAUAUAUAUAUAUAUAUAUAUAUAUAUAUAUAUAUAUAUAUAUAUAUAUAUAGAGAGAGAGAGAGAG